AUGGAGCGGUACGAGAAGCUGGAGCGCGUGGGGGAGGGCACGUAUGGCGUGGUGUACAAGGCCCUGGAUCGCGUGACUGGGGCCAUCGUGGCCCUGAAGAAGAUCAGGCUCGAGCAGGAGGAGGAGGGCGUCCCCAGCACCGCGAUCCGCGAAAUUUCGCUGUUGAAGGAGCUGAACCACCCAAACGUUGUGAGGCUGCAUGACGUCAUCCAUGCUGACCGCCGGCUGUACCUGGUGUUUGAGUACCUGGACCUGGACCUCAAGAAGCUCAUGGACGGCAUGCCGGGGUUCAGUGCGGACACGCGGCUCAUCAAGGCGCGCGCGGCGCGCGGGGGCCCGGCCCGGGGAGGCCCGGGGCGCAUUUGGGGACUGGGGUUUGACUGCUCGUUGACCGCUCUUUGA